AUGGACCAGGAGGGAAUUAAUGUGGAUGGAGGAAAUGAAGAUGGAAUCAAUGUAAAUGGAGGCAAUGAUGAUGGAAUCAAUGAAAAGGAUUUGGGUUUGGAGAUGAUGAAUCAGGGGGGUAUGGAUUCAGAGGAAGUCAUUGAAGAGGAUAUAGGUAUAGAGGGCAUAUGUGGGGAGGUCAUGAAACCAGAAGGAGAUAGAACAAGACGACCUGGUUGUGGAGGACAUGGGCAGGAGGCCAAAACUGAGAAAUAG